AUUUUAGGUGAAGAGUUUAAGGAUCAUCCCAAGCCAUUAAGAGGAGACAAUGACCUCCUCUGUCUAACACAACCUGACAUCAUUUAUAAUAUACACAAACAAUAUUUUGAAGCAGGUGCUGAUUUCUCUGAGACCAACACAUUCAAUGGAACAUCAAUUUCACAAUCUGACUACGGAUUAGAGCAUUUGGUUUAUCGUAUUAAUAAAUCAGCUGCUGAAAUUGCCAGGCGAGCAGCUACUGAUGUCAGCAAAGCAACAGGUUUACCCAAGUACGUUGUCGGAGCACUGGGUCCAACCAACAGAACACUGUCAGUAUCACCCUCAGUAGAGAGACCUGACUUCAGGAAUAUUACAUUUGAUGAACUGGUUGAUUCAUAUUCAGAGCAGGCCCAAGGUCUUCUUGAUGGUGGGGUUGAUGUCCUAAUGGUGGAGACCAUCUUUGAUACAGCAAACUCCAAGGCUGCUCUAUACGCCAUCGAGACUCUCUUUGAAUCAAAAUACAAACCAAUACCAGUCUUUGUGUCGGGUACUAUAGUUGAUAAAAGUGGAAGGACUUUGUCUGGUCAGACGUCUGAGGCCUUCCUGUUCAGUGUGACACACUCCAAACCACUCUGUAUUGGUCUUAACUGUGCUUUAGGUGCUACUGAGAUGCGUCCGUUCAUUCAAACUGUCAGUAGAUCAACUGAAGCUUUUGUACUCUGUUAUCCUAAUGCUGGUAUGUUAUCCUAAUGCUGGUAUCUUACCCUAAUGCUGGUAUGUUAUCCUAAUGCUGGUAUGUUACCCUAAUGCUGGUAUGUUACCCUAAUGCUGGUAUGUUACCCUAAUGCUGGUAUGUUACCCUAAUGCUGGUAUGUUACCCUAAUGCUGGUAUGUUACCCUAAUGCUGGUAUGUUACCCUAAUGCUGGUAUGUUAUCCUAA